CACACACUUGAGCAGGAAUAGCGGAGAGAUGCAGUAGGAUCAGAUCAGGACCUCGGCUCGGAUUGAAACCAUGCCAGUCACAGCACCCAAUCCAUUUGAUGAGAACACCCUCCUGGACCGACCUGCACCUGAGGGGGGCAACCCAUUCCUGGAUGAUGAAGGAGAAGGAAAGAGAGAACCUUUAGGAUCUGAUGCAAAACGUCGAGGAACACUUGAGAAAAUUGCUGGACUUUCUCCUUUCUGGAAAGGAGGGAAAGGUCUUUUAGGGGUGAGAGGAGCCCCUGAGAAAAGACGGGGGAGGAGGAAAUCGGAGGAUGUCAGUCUCUUGUCUCUUGGCCGCAAAAAGGAUAGUGGAGAUGAAGAAGGUGGUGGUCCUGGUGGAGGAGUCAAACGCCUGUCCUUUCUCUGGCUUGGUGGCAGUGGAGGAAGUGUGGGCAACCGGUCACGGAGAGAGUCUAUGGUGGAAGUGGUUCCUGAACGGAAUGAGGUUACCCAAGAGGCAGAGAAACCUCGUGAGCCACUCUCUGUUCUAGAGAUCCUACAGCUCAUCCAGCGGCGGGAACUGCGGUCAGCCGACCAGCAUAUCAUAGAACUAGAAGCUGAAUGUGAUGGAGAGCAGCGGAGUCCUGGGAGUCUGAAGAGUCCAGGCCGGCAGGCCAAAGAUGUGACUCUUCUGUAUGAGGCUCUGAUGAAGGAAAUGUGGGCCGUGGUGGAAGAGUCUCUCAACAACAAAGGGAAGCAUCUGAAAUUAAACGAGGUCAUUGGUGUCAUCCAGCAAGAGGAGGCAAGGGACACCACUCUUGGAAAAAGGAACAUGAGGGCACAUUGGGCAGAGGCAGUGCAGAGGACUGUGAAACAGAGAUUAAAGAGCAACCUAGAGGGCAAAAUGGGCUCACUGCCAUCACAAGCCGAUAGAGUGAAAAGAAUUGUGGUUGAAGACAUGACCUCAGUAAAGAACUAUCUGGUUUGUUCGUAUCCCAAGGACUUUGAGGUUUUUCGAAUCUACCUUUCGGCCUACCACCAAGGAGUAGCUGACUGGCUCAGCGCUGCGGCCCAACGUGCUCUGGAGACCAAUGACAUCUACUUUAUUCUAGAUUGGAAUAGCAAUGUGUACUGCAGGGAUAUCCUUUCCAGACAAGAGAUCUCCCCACUUAUCAACCCUUAUGAAUUAGGCCCCCUGCUGACCAGCGACACGCGCACUAUGCUGGAGCAUCAGUACGUCAACCUCACACAUCAACGUGUUUCCCUCCGACUGGAAGAAGAGCUAAAGAUGGAACAAGAUCGCUGGAUCCAGACCAUGAGAAGUGAGAACCUCCUCUCAGGAUUCCAUGGGAGGGUUAUUCAGAUAAUGAAGCCACACAUUGACCGGGCGCCGCUGAUCAGUGAAGGUUUUGGGGUUAUCUUGGCUCUCUCUUGUCUUUGCUGCUUCUCGGAUUUCCUGAGCAGAUUCCAAAAGUCUAUAGAGAGAUUUAAUUUGGAGCAGGAGAGGCUAAUGGAGACAACCGAGGCCUUCAUCUACCGCAUCAUCAGCAUCGUCAACUGCUGCCCCCCAUUUCGGGAAUUUGCCAAUCGCAUGGCGCAGCUCGCUAAAGGAGAUGGAGGGGAUCUUCUGCGUCAGUCCGAGGGGUCUCUUGACCGGAUCACUGCGCUCGCCACUCGAGCCAUCUCGGAACUGAUUGUGCAGGACAUAAAGCCAUUUUCCAAGAAGCUCCUGGGUCGUCGAUGGCUGAACAAUUCUGAUGCAUGUGAUGGGAUUGUGUCCAUCCUGGAGGAACACACAUCUGCUCUGCGCAAACUAAGCCAAGGACCUUACCAGGCCGCCAUUUCAGAGCUUCAUCGCAGCAUUCUGCUGGAGUUUGUUCGUCCUCUCAUACAAGGCAAAAUGUCCUGCACUACUUCAAAGACAAGGAGGAAAGUGGCCUCCAAGCUGAGAGAAGAGUCUAAGCAGCUGGUGCAGAUCUUCAGCAGGUUGGACUCUCCCCAAACCACCCUGGACCAGGUCAUCCCCCGUCUGACUGAGAUCCUUGUGCUGGAGGAUAUAUCAUCUAUCCAGAUGGAAGUGGGGAUGCUGGUGUCCGACUUCCCAGAUUUCAGGAAGCGUCAUCUGUCUUCUCUUCUGGAUGUUCGUGGCCUGUGGGACCCAAGCUCCAGGCAUCAGAUCUUGGCUGUCCUCCAUGACUUAGAAGGUGGUGCAGAUGCUUUGACUCCUUGCCGGAGUACUCCUGGCUUUUUCUCUGACAUCAGUAUCACACGAGACACCCGCUGCAUAAGCAUCAGUCUCUCCAGGGCGUCUCAGUUUGGUCGCAGGACUUUGAGUCGGCUCAGUCAUCGAGGAAGAAACAUUUCAAGCUCUUCUGAUGGUGGUUUAGAUAAUGGUGAAGAGGAUACACAGCUCUAGAUCCCCAUGCAUUGUAUGGCCUGGGUCGUAGCAGUCAAUGGAGAAAUCAUGAACACUUCCUGAGCAAGACAUAAGACCUCUCCGUGUGGAGUUAAUAACCAUCAUUAGCUUGUCACUACAAGGGAUCCACUCCCACAACCCCCAGCAGAUCGGCCGCUAUCUGUAGGGUCAAGGCCUUAAGAACGUCCCAUACUUCUCAAGCAGAGUCUCAUAUUGGGCCAUGGAAGCGUCUUCUGGAGUGUAAUAAGACUAAAGCUUUCAGCAGAUGCCCUCCGUGGAUAUGUAGAAUAUACGCUAAGUGAUAAUAAAGAUUAAUUUAACAGCA